AGCUCCUCCCACAACAAGCACACCUUCAGUGAAGCUCCUCGCACUGCAGUUCAGCAAUAAAUGCUGCAAUAUUCCCAUCAGUCUACAAGUGAAGACGAGCGUCAAAGCAUCAGGAAGAAGAGAAAUCUGCAGAGACAGAGUUUAUUGAAGGACAGAGAGAACAUGAGCGAUCCAGAACCCUGCAGAAUGAAACACACUGAAGAACAAACAGAUCUAAUGGAGGAGAAAAAACAUCAUGUCAAAACUGGAGGAAAAACUCACUCACAGACUGAAAGUAUUUCUUUACUGAAAAGAAGAGACAAGAAAAGGUUCACCUGCACUCAGUGUGGAAAGAGUUUCACAUGCAAACCGAGUCUCAAGAGACACAUGAGGAUCCACACUGGAGAGAAACCAUUCACAUGUAAUCAGUGUGAGAAGAGUUUCACACAAUCAUCAACCCUUAAGAGACACAUGAACAUCCACACUGGAGAGAAACUGUAUGAAUGUUAUCAAUGUGGAAAAACAUUUUUGUGGGCUUUAAGCCUGAAUAAACACCUGAAAGUUCAUUCAAAGGAGAAACCACAUUCAUGUUCUUUCUGUGGAAAGAGUUUUUCAGAACUGCAGAGUUUAAAAGUUCAUGAGAAGAUACACACUGGUCUGAGAGAUCAUGUGUGUUUUGAGUGUGAGAAGACUUUUAUUACAACUGAUCAAUUGAAACUGCACCAGAGGAUCCACACUGGAGAGAAACCUUACACGUGUUCACACUGCGACAAGAGAUUCAGUCGGUCAGCAAACCUGAAAACACACGAGAGGAUUCACACUAGAGAGAAACCGUAUCACUGCGCUUGAGGAAAAUAUGCAAUUGUCUUCUUGCAAGUUUGCCUUUUUCUUUAUAUGUAAUACCUUUGUAUUAUACCCGCAUAUAUUGUAAUCGUUUUUAUUAGAAAAAAGGUGUAUUAAGAAAGACACCACACGUUAUAUUAUAAUUGUUUUAAAGCAUUUGAGCAAAUAUUUAUAGCAUAUAUUAGCAAAAGUAAAUCUAGAAAUGAAACCUGUAUUAGUAGGAGCUUUGCUAAAGAAAAAUUAAGAAAAAAAUUAAUAAAUGGUGAUUGGAAUUACCUAAGGCGCAAACUUACAAAGAACAUUAAAAGUAGUCUUCCGGAUGGCUCUGAUUGAUGCUGCGUGCGUGUACACGAGAGAUGGUGGUAAAUGCAUAUCGCAGUCUGGAUGCAAUUAACUCAGCGGAAAGGUUGGGAU